AUGAACGACGAACACGACCAUUCUCUGCAGUGGGUCCCGGUUACUAUUGCGGAGCACGAGCAGUGGGAUUCUGAAUCUCAUUCGGCCUCCCCCGAGACGGGACAAGGGCCCGACGACCACCGAUCGCCCGGCACCAUUUCUCCCCGGGGCCCAACGGAACAAGAUCUGCUCGAAUAUGAUGACUUGCGAGAGCAGCAGGUAUUGAAGCAAAUUGGGAUCCAGCAACAGCAGCAACCGGCGCCGCGGAUGCUACAUCCCCAGGACCAGCUUGAGCUACUACAACAACACCAACGGCCGCGGUUUCAUCAACAACAACAACAACAGCAGCAGCAGCAGCAGCAGCAGCAGCAGCAGCAGCAGCAGCAGCAGCAGCAGCAGCAGCAGCAGCAGCAGCAGCAGCAGCGUGCGGCCCAGCAUCUACAUGCGCGAGGAGCCGUGCAGCCUCUGCCCCAGAAUCUCCAUAUGCAGGGCCAAGCUGGGACACAGCAUCAGCAACAGCUAAGCCAGGCCACAAGAAUAGCCGAGCUACAACGGCAACAGGGGCUUGGCUCGGCGGCCGAAGAUAACUGGGGCUACCUCCGCCACAUGACCAUCUCCCGUGACCAGACUGAAGCGAGCUCGUUUGAGAAAGAAAGACUUGGGGCGCUCCUGCCUAGCCAUCCUACCGACCAGCCCGCUCCUGUGGGAGGGGCCUACGCACUUCAGGAUUAUCAGAUGCAACUCAUGUUAUUGGAGCAACAGAACAAGAAGAGACUCAUGAUGGCCAGGAAGGAACACGACGCUUCCGUGGUCAUGGGAUCUUUCGACAAUCCGAGUCCGGCGGUCGUUGCACGGCCAGCUAACAAUGGAAGCACAUCUGCGCCAGGUGUCCCCGCCACAGCUGCACCCGCUGCCGAAGAGCCUGUCGGCGAGGAGUCCGACCUCCAGGCCCAGGCUCAGGCACAGGCCCCCAAGUACUUGAUCGACCGUGUGGCCCAGCUAGAAGAAGAAGUUCGGAACCUCCGACAGAGCGCCAUGAGAUCCGUCACGUGGCAGAUUCUUUAUAAAAUCGAAGGCGACGAAGCAGCUUACUUGGCCGAGCCUUCGUGGAGCUCCACCGCGCGGAAGGAACCGUGCUUCAAAGGAAACUUGCCGCUCGCAGAUGAGCUCGGAUACCUUCGACAGAGGCCCGACGUAGCUUUCGUUGUCUACCGACACUUUACUCCCGCCCACCAACAAAAGGACAUCAAGAAGGCCCUAGACGAUGGCGCCACGCUCCCCGACCCUGUCCCGGCUCGAGAGACUAUCGCAUUGCUUUCUGACGAGAUGGUCGCUGCAUUCAACGCCUUUACUGCCGUUCAACCCUCAUUCUUCUUAGACUUUCCCAUGUGGAACUCGCGCGUCCCUAUCGAGUACCCCUACUUGUUCUGGUAUCGCCACCGCCCCACGGCGAACCUCGAGGCACUGCAAGAACCCAAUAGGACUCAGAUGCAGUUGCUUACCGGGUGGAUUGAUCAGAACUACGGUUGGGUCCACAGCGAAGUAGACCGCCAGCUUUCGAACGGCCGCAUCUCGAGCUCUGCGAUGCCCUACUUGGUGAGGCCCGGUGAGGUUCUGCUCGAGAAGAGCAGCAAGGGAAUUCAAGGCUGGAUAGCCGAUUCCUGGACCAUGAAAGCCUCGCCCAAAAUAGAUGCCCGGCCAUCCCCUUCCGCGAGCGAGCCAGCAAAGAUGACCGAAACCUGGACCGUGAGGGCUUGGUCUUACAAAUACGAUGGCGCAUUUUACCGCGAAUAUUCUACUUUGGACAUCAAGCUGGAGUACGAGGACGGGCAGCCAGACCUCGACAUGGCGACACUCCAAGUCGUGCCGUUGAGGUCUGCAGGCGAAGAUUUCCGUGCCAGGCUCGAGCGCCGGGGUGUCAUGUGGUGGGCUUGUCGACACACAAAGCUGGUCUCGUAUGACAACGACGGGACUAGAAAUAACCUCUCCGGGCAAGGCGAGAGGUAUAUGGUUGAUUUCGACACGUACAAGAAACUGCAUACAGACACUAUGAAGUACAAAAACAUGAUCAUGAACCAGGCCAACCGGAGGGAGAUGGCGCCGGAGGUGAUGAGAUGCAACGAGCCGCCCCCGGCCCCGGAGCUGUUGAUCUUCCCGAGCAUGCUUGUCGCAUACAAUUUGCGAGAGAAGAAGUGGCAAGACCUGAGAGUCGACCGCAUCCAGGAUGUGGCGUGGAACAAGGAGGCGUUCGAGCAUCUUGUCGUCGACCAAGAGACCAAGGACCUGAUCCACGCACUCGUCACCAGCAAGCUGCAGACGGAACAGAGCACCGACCUAAUCAAGGGCAAGGGCAACGGGCUCAUCAUCCUGCUCCACGGCGGCCCGGGAACGGGAAAGACGUUCACGGCCGAGAGCGUAGCCGAGAUCGCCGAGAAGCCGCUCUUCCGCGUGACAUGCGGCGACGUGGGCGUCAAGCCCGAGGACGUGGAGAAGUAUCUCGAGUCGGUCCUGCACCUGGGCAAGAUCUGGGGAUGCGUAGUGCUGCUGGACGAGGCCGACGUGUUCCUCGAGCAGCGAACGCUCAACGACCUCGAGCGCAACGCCCUCGUCUCCGUCUUCCUGCGCGUGCUCGAGUACUAUGAGGGAAUCCUGAUCCUGACGUCGAACCGCGUCGGGACCUUCGACGAGGCGUUCAAGUCACGCAUCCAACUAUCGCUGCACUACGAUACGCUCAACAAGCUACAGCGCGGCCAAAUAUGGAAGAACUUCCUCGGCCGGCUUAAGGCGCUGGAGUGCCAGGAGAUUGCUGAUGGCAAGCGCAAGGCUGACCCUGAAGGCCAGGCAAGGACAGGGGCUGGGAAACGCAAGUUUGCCGGCCAGGACGACGGCGACGACGAUGGCCGGCCAGCCGCCAUCGACUUUGACGAGAUCGAGUGCUACCUCCCCGAGCUGGCCGAGGAGGAGAUGAACGGCCGCCAGAUCCGCAACGCCAUCACGACGGGCCGCCAGCUGGCAAAGUUCAAGAAGGUCAAGAUGUCAUACGCCCAUCUCAAGCACGUCAUCAAGGUCUCAAGCCGCUUCGACAAGUACCUCAAUACGAUGUAG